AUGUCACUUGCAUACCUCAUAGUACUGACAACGGCCUAUCUUGCCCUCGCCCAAUUUCCAAGAAAGCCACAAGGAAUCACGACGAUCCAAUCGAAGUUUGACAAGAAUGUUGUGAUUGACUACAAGGAGGUAGAACUUUUCCUACUCAUUACUCGCAUCGGGUACUCACGUUGUAUCUAACGUUGUAUCUAGAACGACAUUUGCGAAACAACGCCUGGCGUGAAGUCAUACUCCGGCUACGUGAGACUGCCACCGGACACGCUGAAGCCUCUUGGUGUCAAUCAGACAUAUCCAAUCAACACCUUCUUCUGGUUCUUCGAAGCGCGAAAAGACCCUCAAAAUGCUCCGCUAAGCCUCUGGAUGAACGGUAUGACCACCCGACUGACCGCAAUUUUCCCCCGUGAAUCGUGCUAAGGCUAGGUCUGCCAGGUGGGCCGGGAAGUUCUUCGAUGAUUGGUUUGCUAAAAGAGAAUGGACCUUGCUUCGUAAACGCGGAUUCCAGAUCAACCAGAGUAAACGAGUGGUCGUGGAACGACAAAGUCAACAUGCUCUACGUGGAUCAGCCGGUCCAAGCGGGACUCUCCUACGAUACUCUCCGGAAUGUCACGUACAAUCUCGUGAAGGGCAAUGUAACUUACCUCAACAAGACCGAUCCUAUACCUCAGCAGAAUUCGACUUUCCUGGUUGGAACCUGGCCGAGCCGCAACCCGAACAACACGUCAUUCGGAACGAUCAAUGCAGCCUAUGCGAUGUGGUAUUUUCUUCAAGUCUGGACGCAGGAGUUUCAUGAAUACAAGACGUACGACGAUCGCAUCAAUCUGGCGACGGAGUCGUAUGGCGGCAGAUAUGGGCCUGCUUUCUUCACCUUCUUCCAGCAACAGAAUGAACGCAUCCGGAACGGCUCGUGGACGAUACGAGGCUACCAGCAUAUCUUACCGUUGGACACCCUUGUGAUCGUAAGCGGCUGCACAGACGCCCUAACGCAGUGGUCUUCGAUGCCCAAGAUGGCCUACAAUAACACGUACGGUAUCAAGGCCGUCAAUGCUUCCACCCAUCAGAAGAUGCUUCACAAUCUGUCUAAGAAGGACGGGUGCCAGGAUAAAUUGCUCCGUUGCCACCGACUCGCAACGCUCUAUGAUCCGGAGAACCUUGGCGUCAACCAGACGGUCGACAAAGCUUGUAUCGAAGCAGAACGCUACUGCGACGAGCAUGUUGAGCAUCUCUACGGCGAGGAACGAAGUUACUACGACAUCACCGUGAACCAGCCAUCGGAUACCGAGCCUUUCUUCGCCGGAUUUCUGAAUCAACCAUACGUGCAGGAAGCGCUCGGGGCGCCAUUAAACUGGACCGACGUUCCAGGCGGCGUGAUACGCGCGUUCGAGAAAUUCGGUGACUAUUCAAGGCCAGGAUGGUUGGACAAGCUCGCAUACCUGCUCGAGAGUGGGAUCAAAGUGACCAUGAUGUACGGUGACAGGGACUUUUAUUGUGUAAGUCUCUAAUCUCCACUCAUGGACCGGUGAUGAAUGGACAUGCUCUGACUACGAUGCAAAGAACUGGCAGGGUGGCGAAGCGGUAUCGCUGGCCAUUAACUACACACAUUCCGCAGACUUUCUUGCAGCAGGGUACGCCGACAUCCAGGUCAACGACAGCUACAUUGGCGGUCAAGUGCGACAAUACGGCAACCUUUCUUUCUCUCGAGUCUAUCAAUCUGGACAUCUCCUCCCUCUCUACCAACCCGAGACAGCAUAUCGAAUAUUCAUGCGAGCACUUGGCAGUCUCGACAUCGCGAGCGGCACCGUGCCUAACAUGAACACCAAUGGCCAGAUUCAUAGCUCGAAUGGAAUCCGAGAAACAUUCUCUGUCAAGAAUGAAGUACUGCCACAACCUCUGCAGGUCUGUUAUACGUUGAAUCCUGAGGAUACUUGUACGGACAAGCAGCUUGGAGAGCUAGGGAACGGAUCCUCGGUCAUUAGGGACUACAUGAUCGUGGACAAGAAUUCGACCAACUUGUAUCCCGAGAUUGUGGGCAAGAAUAGCGUUCCAUAG